ACGUCAUCUGACUGCGAUGACCAGCCAGCCCCCUAGCCAUGCAGAGAGCGCUCAGUCCAAAACCAAAGCACCGCUCACUGUGUCCCCCAAGUUCCAGCUGCCCCGGCCCCCUUCCAAAGAAACCAUCACCAUCCGCUUCUCAGCCCAGAAGAAGGAUGAAGAGGAGCAGGAUGGAGAAAUCUAUAUGACAAACACAUCUACUACCUCAGCCCCUCAGAAUGACUCAAACAUAGUGACAGGUUUGGAGGUGAGCGAGGAGAUGUUUGAAGAUGCCUCUGAGGAGUUGUCACCAGGGGGCACUGUCAGUGCUGAAACAACUGGACUUUCAACAGAGUCUAAACAAAAUCCUCCCACACUAUCUCGUACAGAAAAAAACACCAGUUCAUCGCCUUCAAAAUCUCUGAGCUUUCCCUCAAGCGACAAACCAUUCUUGAGCCUGGUCAAGUCACUAUCUUCUGACGUUGAGUCUAAAGAUGGCACCUCCUCUUCUUCUUCUUUUUCUUCUUCUUCAACAAUCAGAAACAGACACUUAAAAAACCUGGUCAAAUCCUUUUCCUCUGAUACUUCAUCCCAAGAGCAAGCUUCUUCUUCCACUUCCCGUCUUCCAGAAUCUCGUCUUAAUCUUCAGCUUUUCAAACAGUUCACUCAGUCGCGAUUACCCACUGCCUCUCUGUCCACUGUAGGGGACUCUAAAACAGCCCCCACAUCCCCCAUGACCUCCCUCGAAAACCGUAGCUUCUUCAAAGUCGCAGAAGUAGAGGCACGAAUCGAGGACACCAAACGUCGCCUUUCAGAGGUUAUAGCCGAACCCCUCCAACUUUUGACGAAAAUUAUGGACGAAAAGAGUGUUGGCAUAGGUACUGGCGGUAUUUAUCGUCCAAAACUUAUCUCUUCUAGUGCCUCUGAACUCUCAAAUAUUUCUUCAUUCAACGGUCAACUUGAAAGUAACAACAACUACUGUAUCAAAGAAGAGGAGGGUGGGGAAUGGGAAGCUGAUAGUCCUAAUGGUGAACACAACACUUUAGCCGAAUCUCCAGUUUCAUCAUCUCGUGAUGCUAAAAGUCCUAGUAAAACUUACCUCUCUAUGUCCACUCUGGCGAAACAGGAAGAUGAAGAAUUUUGUAUUUUAACAAAUGAAGAUUUUGAAACUUGCACGGACAGAGAGGGUGAUGGGGGGGACCAAACUGAUGAGACAAAAGUGCCCCAAAGCGGUAGCACUGAACCAGGAAGUGACGAUGACUCUGAAUAUUUUGAACCAGCACAGAAAGUUCCAUAUUAUACUUUAAUUUUUCUGACGUUGCUGGUGUAUGGGUACUUCAUAUUGCCUUGGCCCACGUAUGUGGGGGGAAUGCUGCUGGGGAUUGGACUGGGUUUCCUUUUGGCCAUUGGAGUGGUCUGGCUCUCAGGGCCGAAGUCAUCCAGUGGUUAUAGAUCUUUCAAGCUGCGGAAGUUGGACAUUAAACAACCAGACAUUUACAAAGGGUGGAUGAAUGAGAUCUCAAACUAUGAUCCAGAGACGUACCAUGCUACCCUAACCCAGUCGGUGUAUGUCCGUUUAGAGGGCUCCACCAUUCGCUUGUCCAAACCCAACCACAACAUCUCCAGGAGAGCCGCACACAAUGACCUCAAACCUGAUGUCAGCUUUGUCAGCCAGAAAAUCUAUGACCUCACCUAUAGUAAAAUACAUUUAGUGCCUGAAGGCCUGGCCAGAAAGAGAAUUUGGAACAAAAAAUAUCCCAUAUGUAUUGAACUUGGAAAGCAGGAUGACUUUAUGUCCAGGACUGAAGGGGACAAGUGGGAGUCCCGUGAGGGGUCAUUCCCAAAAGACAAAACAGACGGGACAGGAAGUGCAGCCCUGUCCCAAAGCGUGACUCUGUAUCUGUUUGGACGAACGGGGCGAGAAAAGGAGGACUGGUUCCAGCGCUUUUUACAGGCCUCCAAGCACAAAGUCAAUCUGAAGAAGUCUGCCAGUGCCAUGGUCUUUAAAACUGGGGGUGGUCACAGUCGUAGUGGUAGCCGCAGCAGUCUGGAUGAGGGUCUGUUGACUCAGUCCAGGCCUAAAGACGGUUCCACAUCGACAGCGGGCAAUGCCAAACCCUCCCCUCUGCUCGACUACAGUGUGUACAUGGCCAACCUCCUGCCAGACCAAGAGGCCUUCAGCCCCUCUGUCUGCUCCUCCCUCCAGAGCCCCAUGAGCAGUCCAGGGGUAGACAAGAAGCUCCUAAGCUCCAGCCCCUCCCCUCCGGAGCAGACCACAGGGGACGAGGAGGACCCAGUGGCCUGGCUCAACGCUGCCCUCGGACGCCUGUUCUGGGACUUCUUAAGGGAGCCGUACUGGGCUGACCUGGUCUCAAAGAAGAUCCAGAUGAAACUUAGUAAAAUACGAUUGCCUUACUUCAUGAAUGAGCUCACCCUGACAGAACUGGACAUGGGCUCCUCCACUCCCAGAAUCCUCAGCGGCUCCAAACCCUACAUUGAUUACAAAGGCCUGUGGUUUGAUCUGGAUGUUGCCUAUAGCGGCUCCUUCCUGAUGACCCUGGAAACCAAGAUGAACCUGAUUCGUUUGGGGAAAGAGGAGGAGACCCUGCGCUUUGGGGAGCAGGGCAAAGACGGGUAAGGCCCCCUGCUGAUAAGACCCCUCUCCAGUGUUCCCUCUAAGGUGUGAACGUGCACGAUUGCGCACUGCCCAGUUCAGCGCGCACAUCAAAUUCUUUGCAGCACAUAAAAUAAAAUCUAACCUGAACUUAUAUAAACACACGCAUGGAACAGUCAAUUUGAUUCAGGUUGCACAUGUGAAUGUACACACCCAUUAGGAACAAGCCAAAUACAAACGGAUACAUUUCGACUCCAUUCGCUCACUUUCUUCAGAAUGACCGUAGCAGUAGUGCACAUCGCUGCUCAGAGCGGCAGGUCUGCACGAGCCAAAAGGAGUGCAGGGAUUUAGUGUGUUUUCUCAGACACAUGAAAAAUUAGGGGGAACGUUGUCCAUAAUGCAACUGAUUGUCAGAGAACACUAAUUUCAAAUCCCAAUUGAAUCAUAUUUCAAUCAUAUUUAUUUAUUUAUGGAUAAAUGCAUUUUAUAGUUGGCCUAUUUUCUCUUGUCGAAUAAACCUCAAUGCUUUUAAGGUGAGUAAGACAAAAAUGUAAAUAAAAAGCACUAAUCACUGUAUAAACUUUCAGGUUAAAAUAUUAUAUUUGUCUGGGUUAGGCUCCACCUUCAUAGUUUGAAUUUGUGGGUUGAAACAAAUGUGACUAGUUUUAUGGUUCAAUUCAUAGUCAUACAGUAAAACUCCUCCAUCUUGUUUGCUAUCUAGUCACAUGCUCCUCACGUGCGACUCUCCAUUUUCUCACCUGUGCUAUUUGAAAAUUUCCCCAAGUUGAUUGGGGACUAAAGGUGAAAUGAAUGUAUUAAGAGUAUCUCUACUGAGCCAAUUUUCUCACAAUGUACCUGUCCUGCACUGUACAGCCUCACCAUGUAAGAUUUCAGCUGAUUAAUACAGUAGAAGAAAAACAUUUUUGUCUCUCCACAGACCUGACUUGUAACUUUUCAGCUGUCCUGCUUUUCUCCAUUGAGAUAUUUUUGCUUUGCCUGAUAUAUAGUCUACGUAAUAGACGAGCAGGUGCCAUAGAAACCUACCAGAA